ACAGCAGCAGCAGCAGCAGCAGGAGCAGCAGCAGAGCUUGCAAAGCUAGCAAGCGGCUCCGGCGUUUGAGUGGGCAGGAAGUGGGGCGGCGUGGAGAGUAAAGGACCCGGCUUCAUUUUUUAUUUAUUUAUUUUUAUAAAAGACUUCGAAUGAUCAUAUGCAUUCCUGUUGUUCGAUGCUUUUCUUUCACGGCACCGGCGGCUGCCACCGUCUGAAGAAACCCGAGCUGCAGCCCUCGAGGGGCUGAGGCUGGCGCCCCCCACCCCACCCCUCAGGCCAUUCCCGCCCUUCUGUUUAUUUCCCUGCCUAAGUUGCUCGCGCCUCGCGCUCGCCAGUGGUCGUGUUGAGGCAACCGGGCAUGCUGCCUCGUUGCCGCCGCCUCUCCUGACCGGGCUGGGCUCCUUCCCCUGCCGCUCGAACACCCCCCCGCCACCCCCCAAAAGAAACGAGAAGCCGGGGAGGGGGGGGAAAGGAGCGGGGUCGCCCGCGCCGUCCUCGCCACGCGCCGUAGGUCAAGGCGCCACCUCCUCCCCGCGCCGAGAUGGCGGACCCAGCCGAAUGCAGCAUCAAAGUGAUGUGCCGGUUCCGGCCCCUCAACGAAGCCGAGAUCCACCGCGGGGACAAAUUCAUCCCCAAAUUCAAAGGCGAGGAGACGGUCGUGGUCGGGCAAGGGAAACCCUAUGUCUUCGAUAGAGUGUUCCCUUCGAAUACAUCCCAAGAACAAGUCUAUAAUGCUUGUGCCAAGCAGAUUGUUAAAGAUGUUCUGGAGGGAUACAAUGGUACAAUUUUUGCUUAUGGUCAAACAUCUUCAGGAAAAACACAUACCAUGGAGGGGAAGUUACAUGACCCACAGCUAAUGGGAAUAAUUCCAAGAAUUGCACAUGACAUCUUCGAUCACAUCUAUUCCAUGGAUGAAAACCUAGAAUUUCACAUAAAGGUUUCCUACUUUGAGAUUUACUUGGACAAAAUAAGGGAUUUGCUGGAUGUUUCAAAGACAAACCUUGCAGUUCACGAAGACAAGAACAGAGUUCCAUAUGUCAAGGGCUGUACAGAAAGGUUUGUCUCUAGUCCUGAAGAAGUUAUGGAUGUGAUUGAUGAGGGGAAAACAAACCGCCAUGUUGCUGUUACAAACAUGAAUGAGCACAGUUCUAGAAGUCAUAGCAUCUUCCUAAUUAAUAUCAAACAAGAGAAUGUUGAAACCGAAAAAAAACUCAGUGGGAAGCUUUAUUUGGUAGAUUUGGCUGGGAGUGAAAAGGUCAGCAAAACGGGCGCAGAGGGCUCUGUUCUUGAUGAAGCCAAAAAUAUUAACAAGUCUUUGUCUGCUUUGGGAAACGUGAUCUCAGCACUAGCUGAAGGAACUAAAACACAUGUCCCAUAUCGAGACAGCAAGAUGACCAGGAUUCUUCAGGACUCCUUAGGUGGAAACUGUAGAACUACCAUUGUCAUCUGUUGUUCCCCGUCCAUCUUCAAUGAAGCAGAAACCAAGUCUACUCUAAUGUUUGGGCAGAGGGCAAAGACCAUUAAGAAUACAGUCUCUGUGAAUCUUGAGCUGACUGCUGAAGAAUGGAAGAAAAAAUAUGAGAAGGAGAAGGAAAAAAACAAGACAUUGAAGAAUGUUAUCCAGCAUCUGGAGAUGGAACUGAACAGGUGGAGAAAUGGAGAGGCUGUUCCUGAGGAUGAACAGAUCAGUGCUAAGGACCAAAAGAAUUUGGAGCCAUGUGACAAUACACCCAUCAUCGAUAAUAUUGCACCUGUUGUUGCCAGUAUCACAACUGAGGAGAAGAGGAAAUACGAUGAAGAGAUUACUAGUCUCUACAGACAAUUGGAUGAUAAGGAUGAUGAAAUCAAUCAACAGAGUCAAUUAGCAGAGAAACUAAAGCAGCAGAUGUUGGAUCAAGAUGAGCUUUUGGCUUCCACUAGGAGAGAUUAUGAGAAGAUCCAAGAGGAACUCACUCGUCUCCAGAUUGAAUAUGAAGCUGCAAAAGAGGAAGUGAAAGAAGUUCUUCAGGCUCUGGAGGAACUGGCUGUUAAUUAUGACCAGAAGUCACAGGAAGUGGAGGACAAGCUGAGAGCUAAUGAACAGCUAGCUGAUGAACUUGCACAGAAAACAUCUGCCCUGACAACUACACAGAGAGAGUUGGGACAGUUGCAAGAACUCAGUAAGCAUCAGAAGAAGAGAGCUACUGAGAUCUUGAAUUUACUGCUUAAGGACCUUGGCGAGAUUGGAGGAAUCAUUGGUACUAAUGAUGUCAAAACGUUAGCAGAUGUGAAUGGAGUGAUUGAGGAGGAGUUCACCAUGGCAAGGCUCUACAUCAGUAAGAUGAAGUCCGAGGUGAAAUCUCUGGUGAACCGUAGCAAGCAGCUGGAAAGCGCCCAGAUAGACUCCAACAGGAAGAUGAAUGCCAGCGAGAGGGAACUUGCUGCUUGUCAACUCCUUAUCUCUCAGCAUGAAGCAAAGAUCAGGUCUCUCACAGACUACAUGCAGAACAUGGAGCAUAAACGAAGGCAGCUAGAAGAGUCACAGGAUUCACUUAAUGAGGAGUUGGCCAAAUUGCAUGCUCAAGAAAAAAUGCAUGAAGUCAGUUUCAAAGAUAAAGAGAAGGAGCAUUUAACCUUGCUGCAGAAUGCAGAGGAAAUGAAGACGACACUAGAGCAACAGAUGGAGAGUCACAGGGAAGCUCACCAGAAGCAGCUGUCCAGGUUGCGAGAUGAGAUUGAGGAGAAGCAGAAAAUCAUUGACGAGAUCAGAGAUAUGAAUCAGAAGCUGCAGCUGGAACAAGAAAAACUGAGUUUGGACUAUGAAAGAUUGAAAGCAGAAGAUCAAGAACGGGAAAAGAAGCUGGAGAAGCUAAUACUGCUUAACGAUAAAAGGGAACAAGCAAGAGAAGAUCUUAAGGGACUGGAAGAAACUGUGGCUAGAGAGCUUCAGACCCUCCAUAACUUGCGCAGACUCUUUGUUCAAGACCUAACCACCAGAGUGAAAAAAAGUGUUGAACUAGAUAGUGACGACGGAGGUGGAAGUGCUGCUCAGAAGCAGAAAAUUUCCUUUCUGGAAAACAACCUGGAACAACUUACAAAGGUUCACAAGCAGCUGGUACGUGAUAAUGCAGAUCUUCGUUGCGAGCUUCCUAAGCUGGAAAAACGACUCCGAGCUACGGCAGAGAGAGUUAAGGCCUUGGAGAGUGCUCUGAAGGAAGCCAAGGAGAAUGCCAUGCGAGACCGGAAACGAUACCAGCAGGAAGUAGACCGCAUUAAAGAGGCUGUAAGAGCCAAGAACAUGGCGAGGAGAGCACACUCUGCUCAAAUUGCCAAGCCUAUACGCCCUGGUCAUUAUCCAGCAUCUUCUCCAACAGCCAUCCAUGCCAUUCGAGGAGGAGGAGGGUAUUACCAGAACAUGAAAUAAACACCAGAUAAAAUUGCAGGCUCCACUUCGCACGUGAAAAAUCAUCAGCAGUUCACUAGUUCCUUUCCCUUUUGGACUGGAUCUGUACUUCUGUUCAUUGUACUCAUUCUAUAGCCUUCUGCAGUGCACCGGUUUCAAAUAUUUUUUCGGCUUUGUAGAAUCUCCAUGUGCACAGAAGUGUGACCAACCUGGCUUUUCUUCUGAAACCAUGUACAGUGUAUCUAACACACGCACUUAAGCUAACGGUAGGAGUUUGCUGCUCAAUCUCUUUCACUGACUGACUGCAUUUUUGACCCUGUUGUGCCAGUUACUUUGGGGCUUUCAUGCUGGCACUGAUGCUUUUUUUGUUCUGUUUCAAGUACUUUGGUGCAUCACUAAAAUGCUGGUACCUGGCAUCAAAGAAUUAACAAUUCAACAACCAAGUGCCAUCAGAAGCAGGUGAUUGUGCUCCAUCUUUCUGAUUUCCUGUAAAAUAUGCAUAUUAUUUUAUAUUUUUAGAAGAUGACAGUGUGCAGUUAUAUGUUUUUUUUUGUUUUUAACCUAACAUGCUUUCAAAAAGUACAGCUCUGCAAUUUAGCAUUUUUAAUAUCCUGGUGAAAUCUUUAAACUUGUAUUUAAAAUGGGAGAGAACACAGAAUCAUUAGUACACUUAAUUCAGUAGAGAUCAAACUCUAAGGAUGUAGAGCAGGCAUAGGCAAACUCCAGC